AUUCGAAAACAAAACAAAUCCGCUUGUUUUGGUUUUAUUCCCCGCAAACACAAACAUGAAGUGCUUCGUUCCGUCGUGUGGAAUCGACUUCCACAAGCGGAAUCUGUGCGCGGACGGACUGGUGUCCAAGCACCGCUUCCCGCGGGAUCCGGAACGCCGGCUCAAGUGGCUCGAUGCCAUCCCGAACGUGGGUCACCUCGACCCGGAGACGAUAAAUUACGAAACGGUGCGGCUCUGUUCGAAGCACUUCCACCGGGAUAGCUUCACCAUCACGGACAACAAGCGGGAACUGCUGGCCAGUGCGGUUCCGGCUAUCUUCGUGGACAGUGUUUGCGACACCCCGUACUAUCAGGAAUUUUACGUAAUUUCCGAUGGGAAGGUUGAAGUCGCCCAACCUAGCGAGCAGCUGUACUACCAAGACCCACCACCCGAAGUCAAGCGGCAGCGGUUGCGUGAAAAGACCCGCAAAAGGUCCAUCCGGUACGCCGGUGAUAUUGAUAUGUCCACCCUGACCUCGCACGAGGCGGUCAUAAUGGUCCCGAAGCUGGUGGCAAAGCUGGAAAAGGCCAACAAAACGAUCCGGGCUCUGCGGUCCGCGAACCGACGGUUGCGUGAAAAGAUGACGAGGGUCGAGCAGCUCAUCGAUAACAAGUUCCAGCAGAGCGUCGAGAAGGACAAGUCUUCGGGAGCGCCGGCCAAGACCAAAGAGCCGGGUUCGGUUGUGAGAAUUGAAAUCACACCGGCCGGAGCGGGUGAGACCAACGAGGAGAUUACUUUUACCGACGACGAUGAUGAUUUCAUCGAGGAGGGGGAAGAGUGUGUGGUGGAGUACGAGGAAACCGUGUAGAGAUAAGUUUUGGAGGAAAAUGCGUUGAUUUGAAUUAAAUUACCUAAGAUAUCUAAACAAACAUUGAGUUACUUUGUGCUGAUAAAACAUUGUAAGUCUGAAUAAAAUUAAAUGAAACAAUUAAA